GCGUUUAAGAUAAGUGUUGUUUCGAAUUCAUCUGUUAUCAAUCACAACUUUAUUACAGAUUUUCAAAAUGCUGCCUUCAAAAUUAAAAAGCAGGGUCUGGAGCUUCUUUAUAAGAAAUUCAGAUGCUUCCGCCACAUGCAAAAUCUGCAGCAAGAAAUUAAAAACAUCAGGUAACACGUCGAAUCUUCGCUGUCACGUUGAGAAUGUACAUAAAAAGGUAUUACUCGAUCAAGUUGAUGAUGCAGAAUGCUCCUCCAAAACUACGUCGCACUCGGAACCAAAACAGCGAAAAAUUUCUGAUAUAAUGAACAUAACACCAACCGCUGGGACGACAGCGUCAAGUGAGUUAUCCGAUAAUAGUAGUAAGAAGACUGCAUGUAUUGAAUCGUCUCCUAGUACAUGUACUCCGUCAGUACUGCAAAAUAAAUCGGAUCAGUUGCCAGCGCUGAUCCAACCUAAUGUGAAAGACUUUUUUGAGCAGGUCAAAAGUAUUUCUUACCAAGAUGGGUCUAAAUCAAAGAAAAUUACUGAAGCAAUUGUGAAAUAUAUUAUAAUGGACAACAAGCCAUUUUCCACUGUAGAAGGAAAAGGUUUUCUGCAGAUGAUGAAAGAACUGGUUCCGCUUUUUAAAGUUCCAAGUAGAGAAACAAUAAAAUUACGAGUGGAUGAAAAAUAUGAAGCGCUGUCUUCAAUUUUCAAAGAGUAUAUUCGAAAGUGCGACAGCUAUUGCCUAACGUAUGACAUAUGGACGGAGACAAUGAAAAAUCAGUCGUUCCUUGGGGUAACAAUUCAUUUUUUGGACAAUUUACGUUUGUUGAGUGGGACGUUAGGAGUAAUCGAACUGCACGAAAGUCAUACAGCAGCUUAUAUAGAAGGAACUAUGCGUAAACUUUUCAACGAGUGGAACGUUUCCAUAAAUAAAGUUUCUGCUUGUGUAACUGAUAAUGAUUCAACCAUGAUGAAAUUAAAUAGAAGCUUGUUUGGCGAAAAAAAAAUAAUACCCUGCUUCGCACACACGCUUAAUUUAGUUGUAACGCAAUCAAUAGAUAAGUCCACGGAAGUAUCAGCUUUGACAACUAAGGUGCGCGACAUUGUUAAGUUUAUUAAAAGAAGUGUUAAUGCCAGUGAUCAAUUGCGGCAGAAACAAAUAGACACCGGGGCUUCUACAAAUAUGUCGCGUUAUUCUAAGACCCAUAUGACGGAUGAAGAAAUUCGACAAUAUUUCGAAGAGUCGCAAUUGGUAACUGAUACUUCCGACAAUGAAUGCGAUUUUGAUAGUGACGAUUCUGAUAUGGAUCCAACCUACUCACUACCGGAAAAUGAUACGAUCAUUGAUGCAAUGCUAAACUCCUCAGAAAUGAUGCGAAACGCAAUCGAAUGCAGUUUGAAUGUGACAGACUUUGAAGAAAAUGCUGAAAUAAUUGAGCUGCCACCGAUUCCUCCAUUGCCUGUUUGUGACGUUACUUCUAGUGUAUUCUUACCGUCGACAGUGACACGUUCUGUGCACAAAGCAUUAGAAUCGCAAGAAAAAAUCGGAGUCCUACCAGCUGCAAGUGAUUUGAGAAACGAUAUGAGUGCGAUAAGAUCGAUUCUUUGGAAGAAGAAAAAACUUCAGCUGAGUGUUGCAGAUUUGGCUUUUCAAGGCCAGGACAUGCCGGAUUUUUUAAAAUGUUUAAAAACACCUUACGACUGCUUUGCAUAUUUUGUGACCGAAGACUUUCUGAAGGCAAUAGCCUUACAGAUGAACUUGUAUGCCAAGCAAAAAGAUAUAUCUUCAAAGUUUUGUAUCGAUCACCAAGAGCUGCUCGCUCAUAUUGGGGACAAUACGGAUUAG